AUAAAGAAGGGAAAAGAAAAAUGAUUUCGAAAUGUUUGUUCUUGGUAGUUUUAUUUUCAUGGAGUCAAUCCAUUACUGCCCAGAAUGCCACCACCGAUCCUAAAGAAGUGAGGGCACUGAACUCGAUAUUACAACAAUGGGAUGCACAAGCAGCGGAUUCAUGGAACAUCAGUGGAGAGCCCUGCAGUGGGACUUCUCUCAGCCAAGAUGACACUGUUUUCGGUGAUGGUUCGAACAAUCCCUCGAUUCGAUGCGAUUGUUCCUUCAACAAUAAAACUCUUUGCCACAUUACUCGACUGAGGGUUUAUGCUCUAGAUAAACGGGGAGAGAUGCCAAAGGAACUUUUGGAUCUGCCUUUUCUGACAUUCUUGAAGAUUGACCAAAACUUCUUCUCUGGACAUUUGCCAGCAUUCAUUGGAAACAUGAGUAGAUUAGAGUUUCUGUCAAUUGCUUACAACAAUUUUUCCGGACCUAUCCCAAAGGAGCUUGGAAAUCUCAAGGAGCUCUAUCUGCUGUCUUUUGGUGUUAACCAUUUCUCUGGAACACUGCCUCCAGAACUUGGUAAUUUAGUCAACCUUGAACAACUAUACAUUAACAGUUGUGGAUUGGGUGGUCAUAUUCCCUCAACAUUUGCUAAACUUCAAAACCUGCAAGUUGUGGGGGCAUCUGACAGUCCAUUCACAGGCAAGAUACCAGACUUUGUUGGCAAUAACUGGACAAAGCUCACAUCAUUGAGAUUUGAAGGGAACUCUUUUGAAGGUCCAAUACCAUCCAGUUUUGCGAAUUUAACCAAAUUAACUUCUUUGCGAAUCAGUGAUAUAUACAAUGGAAGUUCUUCUCUGGAUUUCGUAAGAAAUCUAAAAAACUUGACUGAUUUGGUUCUAAGAAAUGUGUUGCUCAGCGGCAGUUUGCCAUCUUAUAUCACCGAAUUACAAUCUCUGCAAAAGCUGGAUUUGAGUUUCAACAACUUAACAGGUCAAAUUCCAAGCGUUUUGUUCAAUAUGGAUUCUCUCAUAUAUUUGUUUCUCGGAAAUAAUAGUCUCUCUGGUUUCAUUCCCAGCCGAAAGAGUGACUCUCUUCGGACUAUAGAUUUAUCAUACAAUUUUCUAUCAGGAAACUUGCCUUCUUGGGUAAACUCAGGCUUGCAAUUGAACCUUGUGGCCAACAACUUCACACUUACCAGCUCAAACAUACGGAUUUUACCAGGGUUAGACUGCCUUCAAAGAAGCUUCCCGUGCAAUAGAAAUGCUCCAAGAUAUUCAAGCUUCUCAAUCAAAUGUGGUGGACCAGAAAUGAUAUCUGAUGGGGUAUUAUUCGAGACUGAUAAUAGCUUUCUCGGUGCCGCAAUAUUUAAUGUAACCAGUAAGAGGAAAUGGGCAAUUAGCAAUGUAGGAUUGUUUGCAGAAAGACAAAAUCAACGGUAUGUGGAAACCAACUCAGGACCGGUGAGAAGUACCAACACUCCAGAUCUGUAUCGGAGUUCGAGGCUAUCCCCUGGAUCUCUCAGAUACUAUGGCCUAGGCCUUGAGAAUGGACCCUAUACUGUAAGAUUAUUCUUUGCAGAGAUAGGUUUCCCCGACCAGACCUCGCAGUCCUGGAGGAGUUUAGCAAGGCGAGUUUUCGAUGUAUAUAUUCAGGGAAACCGGAUAUUAAGGGAUUUUGAUAUAACAAAGGAGGCUGGUGGUGCUCAGAGAGCAAUAACUAGGAAUUUCACUGCUAAUGUAACUGGGAACCAUCUUGAGGUUCACCUGUUUUGGGCCGGUAAGGGGACUUGCUGUGCACCAGAACCAGGUUAUUAUGGUCCAUCCAUUUCGGCUAUUCGUGUUACUCCAAAUUUCAGACCUACUGUUAAUGAGAUACCAUCAGGAAAUCAUAAAAAGAACCACACUGCAUUGAUUGCUGGUGUUACGGUUCCUGCUUUGGCAUUGGCUUUGAUACUUAUUUUUGCAGUUAUUUAUGUGAAGAGAAACACAGAUGACGACGACGAGGAAGUGCUUCUUGGCAUCAGCCCUAGACCAAACACAUUUAGUUAUUCCGAGUUGAAAGCCGCCACCGAAGACUUUAGUUCUUCAAAGAAGUUAGGAGAAGGGGGGUUCGGACCUGUAUAUAAGGGUACACUUUCUGAUGGGAAAGUAGUAGCUGUGAAACAACUUUCUCUAGCAUCAACCCAGGGCAAAGAACAAUUUUUUACUGAGAUAGCUACCAUAUCAGCUGUUCAACAUCGUAAUCUUGUCAAACUAUAUGGGUGCUGCAUCGGAGGAAAUAGGCGACUCCUUGUUUACGAGUAUCAUGUGAACAAAAGCCUUGAUCAGGCACUCUGGGGAAAAAAUGCACUUCAUCUCAAUUGGCCGACCCGGUUCAAUAUCUGCUUAUCGACUGCAAGAGGCCUAGCUUAUCUUCAUGAGGAGUCUAGGCUAAGGGUUGUUCAUAGGGACGUGAAGGCAAGCAAUAUUUUGCUUGAUGCAAAGCUCUGCCCGAAGAUAUCCGAUUUUGGAUUGGCAAAGCUAUAUGAUGACAAUGAUACACACAUGACAACUCGCGCCGCUGGAACGAUUGGCUACCUGGCUCCAGAGUAUGCAAUGCGCGGGCAUCUUUCAGAGAAAGUUGAUGUUUUUAGCUUCGGAGUUGUUGCAUUGGAGAUUAUGAGUGGUAGACCAAACUCAGACAAAAGAUUAGAAGAUGACAGAGUUUAUCUUCUAGAAUGGGUGUGGACCCUGAACGAAAAUAACCAACUCUUGAGCUUGCUUGACCCGCAAGUAACAGAGUUCGAUGAAAAUGAAGCUCUCCGAGUGAUAGGGGUAGCACUUCUAUGCACUCAGGCAUCACCAUCAAUGCGGCCACCCAUGUCUCGUGUUGUUUCUAUGCUUGCAGGAGAUAUCGAAGUGAGCACUGUUACGACGAAACCGAGUUAUUUAACCGACUGGGACUAUAAGGAUGUAACAGGCACCUUAUCUACCGUUGCAUCCGAUCGUAACGGCAGUGAAAUCGAGAGUAAGGGCAACACUUUUUCAGGGGAAGAUGAUCAACCAAUGCUCUAUUCAGUCGUAAGUUGUAGAGGGGAGGAAGGUGAGACCGUGAGAGUGAGCUCUACAAACUAACGUUUCUGCAGAGAGUAAGUUGUCUUGUAAUAAACGCCCUACGUUUAAUAAUCUGAUUA